GUUGAAGAUUCAGAGAUGUAUCGUGAUGUAACUGCAGUGUGUGGGUUGCUUGCUGUGGUUGUAGUAUCUCACCUACCCAGAGAUGCUGCCAUUGAAUGGCAUGUUGUUGCAGUUGUUGAUGAUCCACUCCAAAGAAAACAUUUUGCAAUGAAGAUGUUGUCAGAGGGCUUCAAAAUCGAGUGUGAAUCUGUGGAGUCUAGUUCUGCAUCUUGUGCAUCAAUCUCUAUACGACUGAGCUUGAUUACACCAUCCGGUUCUCAGCUUGAUUUAGAUGGACUUCUUCAUGACUUAGUUACUACGUUUAAACAAGCUGUUGAGAAACUUUCAGAAGACUUCAGUGCAAGUCCUUUGUCUUUUAGAGCUUUCUUCAAGGACGAUAUCUUUGAUGCUGAAACACUACGAACAG